GACGAAGACAUAAAGUUGGCAGCACUACUUAUUACCUCUUGUGGCUUCACUAGCGGCAUUCAUUAAAAUAAAGUUGUCCGUAAAGGUCCAAAAGAGAUUCUUUAAGCGUGUGAAAAAUUGAAAUAUUUUUAAGUGUCGUUUCCUAAAAAAAGAUAAAACGAAAAUGGUUUACGCAGUAAAAAAUAAGGCCGAUUUUGAUCAACAACUCGAGAAUGCUGGCAAUAAAUUGGUCAUUGUCGACUUUUUUGCCCAUUGGUGUGGUCCAUGCAAAAUGAUUGCACCUGUAUUAGAAGAAUUAUCUAAGGAAUAUGCUGACAAAGCUGUCGUCAUCAAGGUUGAUGUUGACGAAUGCGAAGAUGUGGCUAUGGAAUUUAACAUCUCUAGCAUGCCAACUUUUGUUUUUAUUAAAAACAAACAAAAAUUGGAAGAAUUUGCUGGAGCAAAUGCCGAGAAAUUGGCAACGACUAUCGCAAGAUUGGUCUAAAAUUUCGUACAAAUAUUCUAAACGAACAAAUAUAUUCUUAGCUAAUAGCAAAAAUGCCAUUGCAUCGCAGAUUGAGCCACGAUGCUCUGGAAGCUUUUGCGGAUAAGGUUUUACUCGUCAGUUUGCAAUAGAUUGUUUUUUAAAUGCUAAGAUAAUUAAUUGUACACAUGUUCUUUGCAAAGAAUUUAAAUUAAAUUGUAUUUCUUAUUAAAACUUUUAUAAUUUAAGAUGAAAUUUUAUCUUACGUUUAUAGAUUAAUUCAAACAUAUAAUGCAACAACUUU